GGUGUCCGAGUGGGGUAGUAGCUAAUACCCGUCCAUCAACAAAGAUGGCUACUGUACCCGAGGAGUGUAAACUUUCCUACAACUUCUUGGGAAGGUCUGGCCUGAACGCCGCCAACAUGUGUCUCGGCACGGGGACGUUUGGGAAUCCUGGGGGUAGCAGACCCAGUCAGGCCUCAGAGGAAUACUCCCACCAGCUACUUGACCGCUACGUCCAGUGGGGAGGGAACUUCAUCGACACUGCGGACGUUUACUCGCAAGGAUUGUCAGAGAAGUUCCUCGGAUCCUGGUUAACAAAACAAUCACGUGACCAGUUUGUUAUUGCAACAAAGGUUAGAGGAAUCGUGCCAAGUGGGGUUGGUCUCAGUCGUCGCCAUAUUGUCCAGAAUAUUCAGAACAGUCUCGAGAGACUCCAGACAAACUAUGUGGAUCUGUACCAGAUGCAUUGUUGGGAUGAUGGAACUCCCAUCGAAGAAACACUCCGUACGUUCCAUGACCUUGUUCGGUGUGGGAAGGUGCUCUACGUCGGUGCCAGUAACGUGGUGGGCUGGCAGCUACAGAAGAUAGCAUGUACCACAGACAAGCUGGGCAUCAACCCCUUCAUUAGCUUACAGCAACAGUACAAUCUGGCGUGUCGGGAGUCGGAGUUCGAACCUUUCCAAGUGUGCAAGAUGGAGGGACUAGGUGUGCUGCCCUGGGGCCCCCUGAAGGGAGGUCUGCUGUCUGGAAAGUACACUCGGGACUCUCCCCCGACUACAGGACGCCAUGCCUGGAAGAAAGAAAAGUACCCUGGGUCCUGGGAGUUGAUACAGGACAACGAACAGAUCUGGGCCAUCGUAGAUGCAGUGCGGGACAUCGCCAACACACAUGGCAAGUCCAUGGCGCAGGUGUCGCUGCGGUGGCUGCUACAGAAGGAUGUUGUGCCAUCAGUGAUCAUUGGAGCCACGACCCUGGCUCAGCUGGAUGACAACCUUGGAGCUGGUAGUGGAUGGACCCUGUCUGCAGAGGAGAUGGCACGCCUGGACAAAGUGUCUCAACCCAAGAUACCCUACCCAUAUGAGAUGGUGUGGCGCCAGAACAACAACAGGUGUAAUCUGUUCCAGUCAUCAUACCUCGUCUCGAACUGGUCAAACUGACCACAACACAAUCGCUCAUGCAUGACGAUACUGCAUACACUGUUAAUUAUCAAAACAUCAACCACGGCCCAUGCAUCAAAACACAAAAAACAUCAGCGUCACAGAAAAAAAACAGUCUCGCGUAUUGGCCAACAUAGAUUCCGUUAGUCGUAAAAGCCAAAAUAGCGGUGGAAACUAUAUACAUGUAACACCAAAAGCGUUGACGAUACCAGGUGUUCGCAAAAAGGGAAGUAAGCCCGCCACUUGAACAUUUUUGCGUUAAAAAAAUACAUGUUUGUUUGUAUCUAAUGCCACGUUCCUGUAAACGAACAAGAAAAACAAACUCGACAGCGCAUUUAGUUUUUCUUCUUGAAAAUGAAAACGAUAUGUUAAUUUUGAAUAAAAGUCUAUUAUGUACAAGUGCAGAGACAGCACUACCCAAUAAAUGUUGUUCUGAAUAGAACAAUAAAAACUUC